AUGAAAGAAGUGUUUGUUCUUGGAACUUUGUCUGCUUUAUUUACUAUUGCAUGUCUUUAUUCUGUUGCUGCAAUUUAUGGUAUAUCUAUUCAUUGGACAAUUAAUAAAAAUGAAACAAAAUAUAGAUUAAUGUCAUCUAUUCUUACUUUAACAUUUGGUAUUAUUGGCGUUGUUUUUCAUUUCUUUGCAACUGUCUUUGUUUUUUAUAAUAAGAAAGAAUAUAGAAGGAUAAGAAAACUUUUUAUUAUUCUUUUAUUUGUAGAGACUAUUAUUAUUCUUCCCCUUGUUAUUCUUAGUUGGAUUGGUGGAGCAUUUGAGGUUAUUGACCUUGAAAAUUUUACUGAAGUUAAGAAACAUGGCUUUGAGAAACAAUUUCAUUGUUGUUAUGUCUUUUCAAAUGGAACAAUUCAACCUGAAUGUUCUUGUCUUUAUGACAACCACCUUUCAUUUACUACUAUUAAAGAAAUGGAAAAUGAUGGAACAUGUACCACUUGUGGAAAUUGUAUUGAAACUAACAGUACAAUUCUUUUUUAUUUAUGUUGUGGUUUAAACACUUUAUUCAUAGUUUCAAAUAUAUGUUUUUUUGUAUGUUACACAUUUGUUGAAGUUAGAAGAUGUUGUCAUGUACUAACUUUUGAAGAAGAGAUUCAGCUAAGAAUGGAACAACUCUCCAAACAAAGAACAUUUCAACAAACUACUGUAGAAAAUAUUCCUAAAAAUCAAAACAUGACUAACCAAACACCACAAAAGGAAAUAGAGAUGACUUCACAAUAA